AUGGGAACAUUUAAAGGGAUCCCAUUGUGGAUCCUUUUAGUCAUCCUGGGCUCAUUGAAUGGUAAGAUAUUACCCAUUUAAUUUUUUCAAUAACAUUAAAAGAAUAAAAAGCAUUGUUAUAAAUGUUUAUAAUAUCUAGUCCUUUUUAAAUAAAUAUAAUACAAAAAUAUCAAUUUCCAUUUUAAUUUGCUCCGUGACAUUUUAACUUCUUCAAUUUAAAUACUUUUAAAUACUUUUUGAGUUCUUUAGUUUUAUCAGUAUGACUUUUGCAUAUUGCUGGAAAAAAACUGUAAUUAUGUAUUAAGCAUAUGGACAAAUAUAUUUUUUAAUAUAGAAAAUCAUAAUUAAAAAUGAUUGUCAAUUAUAAAAAGGUGUAAAAACGUGUAAAAGAUAACCUUAUGAGGCUAAAGAAAGUUUAAAAAAUAAAUUCAUAUAGAAAGAAUUCCUAAAAUUCAAUGUACAACCUCAAUAGGGAAGCUAGAUAAAACUAAAUAUAUUUCUAAAAUAUGUAUUAAAAUACUAAUUGAAUAUUUAAACAUUGAUUGCAUUAAAACACUUUUCCUUGCUGCACUUUAAUGUAUUGCAUGUAAAGUGUUUGUUUACUGUAACUGUGCAAUUCCAGGCAGCUCCUUAGCUUUUAUAAUACCAAAGUAAAUUAUUCUCACCUUGUAAGAUCUGGGUGAAUAUCUAACACUUUGUCCAAAAUGUCCCUUUUGGUAAUUUUGUGUUGAUUAUUAGGAAGGCAAAUCUAGUAAUAUCUUGGCAGAAAAAAAGGAGAGGUUGUGUAGGGGAAUGCAUUCCUUUAAAUGGCAUUAAAACUGCCUACUAGCUAUGAACAACACAUUGUAUUGCCAGAGGUGUGGUUAUAAACUUUAGAUUGUAAAACCUUUGGUAUUUGUUGUUUUUGUUAGUUAACCAUACAGUUGAUUUAACUUGUCAUGGUUCUUAAGAAAAUAAAAGAGGAUUAGGCAGUCACAUGUGUGUUAAAAUAUGCGCUUGUAGGUGAGAGUGUUUGGAGACCAGUAGAUAUGCUAUCCAGCACACGCUUGCACUGAUUGUCCAUAUGAUAUAUAGUCUUUUUAUUUUUUGAUUGGAUUGUUUUUUAAUUUAUCAGAUUAUAUUUGAUAACUACAGAACCAGCUGUGCUGGUUUGAAAUGUUCUUAUGUAUUUUCCUUGCAUAAUCAACCUUCAGAUGUUUAUACGUUUUGGAAUUCUACUCUACUCUAACUUCAUUUUUGUUUAGUAGAUAUACCACCAAUGAAAACAUGUAUUUCCAUAGGGAGUAUUGUCUUGUCCGGAGCCUUUGCAAUCACUCCUCUUUUAACUCGGUCAAAAAUUUCUGUGGCUGUUCAAUCACAGACAUCUAAAUACAACUUAAUGAGAAGUUUUUGCAAGGAAGGUGCUUUGGACAAUUGCUGCCUCUUGAGUUUACCUCCACUGAGCUAAUAAAACUAGGAAGUAACAGGACCAGUUGCCUGAUUGACAGCCAGGGGGUGUAACAAGGUUAAUCUAUAAAAAAAUGUCAAUUUCCUUUGAAUUUUUUUUUGUAAAAUGGAAAAAAAGAGGACACACUCUUUACAUAACGCACUUCAGGAAACUGAAGUACUGUUCAUUUAAUUUCCUAUCUCCAUUCUGCUUUUGUGUCUCUCCCCUCCCCUUCUCCUACCACCAUUCUCUCUCCCUCUCUCUCUUUCUCUACUUAUUUCUCUAUCCUUUAUCUCUCUACCUAUCCAGCAGUUAUGCGCUGAAGCUGGGCUGCUGAGAUUAUUGUUGCCUAGUAAAAUAAUAAUAAAAGCACUUGUAUCCUACCACCUAAGGGAGAUCCAGGGUUGAAGUAGUCCUUAUCUGAGGCUUUAGCCAUUAGAGCCACCCAUAUCCCCUCUAUACAUUUUAAAUCAACUGCUGUAUUUGGCAUAAUGAAUACUCAUCUUUAUUUUUCUCUCCUCUCUCUUUCUCUCUUUCUCCAUGUUCCCUGUAUGCUUGUCCAUCAAUAUUUUUAUUUUUUAUUUUAAAGUCCAUUCCAAUUUAUAAAUAGUAUGCAUUCUGGGAAUAUAUUGACUAAUCAAAAAUAUAAGAUGUUAUAUUACACUGCACAAUGCCAGUUAUCAAAAGGGAAGUUCAAAUGUGUAGCAUAAAGGUGAAAAUUUGAACAAAAUAAUUUCUAGGUUCAUAAGUAUCAUAGACUUUGGCUCAAAGCCAGGUGUUUGAAGUGUAACACAGGUGUGGUGAUAGCUUGGAAAUGAACAUUUACUGUUAAAUGCUUGAUUUUAAUGAUAUCUAGAAAUACAUCACCUCUGUAUAAGAUAAGAUAGUGUUAACAUCAGACAACUGUCAAUGUGCAGACAAACAUUGUUUCAUGUAAAACAUGAACUAGUGAAACUAAACACUUAGUAUUAAGUACUUUUGAGGGUUGUUGGAUACAUAUCCCAAUGUUUCGCUCUCUAACUGGUGUCAUACGGAUUACAUGUACAGAUUACAUGUUUUAUUAUUCCUUGGUUUCAAGCUUUCUUUACGAGUACUUACUUUUUAGCUUAGUUUAAAACAUUGUGCUUUAUUGAAUAAAUAUUGUAAAUUCUAGAAAUGCUCCCUUUGGACAUUUAGUAGAGUGUGCUAGAUGGCAUGUUUCUUUAAAAUUCUGGAUAGACAGAUUGACAUACAGAGAUAGAAGAUAGAAUGGUAGAUAUACAUAUAGACAAACAAACAAACAAACAGAGAAGCAGAAAAAUGUCUUACAAACAUGUUAGACAAAUGUCUCACUUCAAGUAUUGAAGAUAUGAAGUUUAGAUCUAGAUGAUGUAUUCUAAUCUUUCAGCUGUGGCACUAGAUUUUGUUAGGUAUACACAUAGAAAGUCUUUUAAAUAUGAAAUAUUUAUUACAGCACUUAAAGCGAAACCCUUAAAUUACAGUGGAACCAACAAUUAUUGCAAAUUCCAGAUUUUGUUUUGGUAUUUGGACAAAUGCUUUGCCCUUAAGGAGGUUAAUGUUUUAUAAACCAUGGCAAGAUCCAAAUGUCCAGUUUAUUGAAUGAGCAAGAAAGUAAAGUGCCAAGUACCAGCUGCUAAAACCUCUUUUUAGCCUAUCUAUACAAUCUGGCGUUGAUAAAAAGUGAAAGCACAUGAACUGUUAAUGGUAUACGAUGAAAUGCAGCACAACUGUCUAAUUAAAAAUUUAGUUUAUAAUCUCAAUAUUUACUAAAUAAGUUAAAUUCAGUUAUGGUAUAAUUAAGACAAGGAUUUAUAUUAAAAUAAUAAUAAUUUUGAAGUGCUUAAUUAGAAAAAGCACAUAGAAAACUGGGGUCUAUAUGUAUUGGUAUUCGUUUUAUUGACCUCCGAUGGAUGAAUUACUGGGUUCACCUUGCUGGGAGACAAAGGGAAAUGGUCACUUAGGGAUAAGUAAAGAUUAUACUAAUAGUACUAAAAAAAAUAAACUAAACAAUUAAAACUGUGACUCUGACUUCUUGUCCAUGUAGCUCAGAUACAGUAUGAAGACUACACUGUAGAUAAGACCAUUGAUUACACUUUUCGUGACAGCACCCAACAACAACAACAACAGAACAGUAAGUCGAAAUUAUUCACACAUUUUAUUUUAGAAAUACGGAAUAUAUACUGAUAAGAAAAUAUAUGUUUCCAGAGCUCUGCUUGUUGAUAAAGUAUGCAUAUUGUAGCUAUAUGUUCUUUUUUUAAUGUUUUUUUUUGUUCAUGUUAUAUAUGCUAUGAAAUGAAAUAACCAGUAUCAUUACUGUGAAUUUUCCAAAAAGUCAAUGAGCUAGCCAUCUCUCAUAUUUUUAUUGAACUUGUAAGUGGAUUUCUUCUUUUCAGUUGUAGUAACUGGUCCUCCAAGAAUAUCCAUCAUACAAGCUGUGCCUACCACCCCGGUUGUAAAAGGUACGAAGAUGCUACUUAUAUAAACGCAUUUAGUAAUUAAUAUAUAUGGGCAUAUAACAUCGUAUUUGUGUAUCAGAUAAACAACAGCUAUAAUGAUUACAAACAAUUGCAUGCCCUUUCAAUUUCAAUUGAUUUCAUUAUUGGAAAGCAAUUAAUAACAUUUGCAUAUAUUGUAUCCUGCACCCUUUAUAGCAAUCAACGUGGCUCACAAUGGUAAAGUCUGCAGCACUUGGGGGAACUUCCACUUCAAAAAUUUUGAUGGUGAUGUGUUCUACUUUCCGGGAACCUGCAACUACGUUUACUCAUCUCACUGCAAAAGUACAUAUGAAGACUUUAACAUCCAAAUCCGACGUUCUGUCAUUAAUAAUGUCCCUGUUAUUGAAAAGAUCACCAUGAAAAUUGAUGAACUUGUAGUACAAAUUGACAGCAGCAGUGUAGAAGUCAAUGGAGAGGUGUAAGUUAUCUUUUCUGCUUAACUUGGGUAACACAUGUAAAUGGAUAUUAAUGUACUAUGUAAUAAAAUAGUUAAAGGGACACUGCAGGUACUAUAACUGCUUCAUCAUAUUGAAGUUGUUACAGUGUCUGGAAUCUCCUGGCUCUGUUUUUACAUUCAGUGUUAAAUUGCUUUCAAUAUUUUAAUAAUAAACACAAGUUUUAAGCUGCCCAUCCCUUCAUUGCUACUUGGACACAUAACGACUCAUUACAGCUUUUAGCCUAUCACAUCAUUCAUUGCUAAUAUAUAUUGGUAUGGCUAAAAGGAAGUGUGCACUCUCUGCCUUAUCCAUAUCUCCACUAGAGACCAUCUGUGGGUGUCCAUGGAUUCUUAUAUAGUGUUAAAUACGGUUUCACACAUGAUUAAAUAAUACUGAAUGGAGGGACAGCACAAGAGGACUCCAGGCACUAUUAUAAAUUUGUUGAGGUUAAUGGUUAUAGUGUCCCUUUAAAAACAAAAUUCACAGGUUCAUUUUACAAAACAUUCUCAAGAAAUAACAGAAACAUGUUAUGUUUUAAUAUAAUUUUGAAAUGUAUUCUUGUUCAUCAUCUACAUAGCCUAAAUCAAACAUUUGAUUGAGACAAACCUGCCACAAACAUAAUGGUUCAGAAACAACAGGGAUCCUAAAUUCUCAUAUAAUUCCAUAAGCACAGACUGCUAUUAUAAUUUCAGACUCAAGCCCAUAUUUGGAUGAUUGUUAUGUUUGGAAAGGACCAUUGUCCAAUAUUUAACUGUGCACGUUCAUCCUAUUGGGGCUUACCAGGAUUUGCAGAUCUGGUUUAUUGGUGGAAAUCUGACAGUGUACAUUUAAGCCUAUAAAUAAUUUUAAACAUUUAUGUUUUACAUAUGUAGAUGAUGCUAAACAGAAUAUGUCUGAAUUUACUUUGGUCUUAAAAAACUAAAGAGAAGUGGUGCUAAGCUAUGUUAAUGCCUAACCUAACCUAUGCUCAUUCUAAAUUCAUAAUGCUAAGUGUCAUGUUGACAUAGCAUUCUUUGCAUGUGUAUCUAUUGUGUUAAAAAGCAAAGCUUAAUAAUACUAAUGUGUUUUCUAAAUUCUUGUUCCAGAGUGCAAUUGCCUUAUGGUGGUGGUGGGGUUCAGAUUGAAAAGAAUGGAGUGUAUCUAAAAGUGAGCUCCAAGCUUGGAUUAGUCUUCAUGUGGAACGAAGAUGAGAGCCUAUUGGUAAACAGAUUGCUUAAAAUGUCUUUACAAAAAGAUGUCAGAAAAUGUUUGAGCUUGAGUAAACAAAAAAUGUUUGAGCUUGUGUAUGUUUCUCUCUUUGUAUAGCUCGAACUUGAUCAGAAGUAUGCCAAUCAGACCUGUGGGCUGUGUGGGGACUACAGCAGCAUCUUCAUCAAUGAGUUCAUUUCUGAUGGUUUGUAUAUUUGUGGUUUGAUAUUAAAGAUAGUUUGGAAUAAAUGAUAUAUAAAACACCAUUCUAGUGAAAAACAUUAUACAAUGCCCUGUUCACUUUGAGUUUUUGUAAACCAUAUCAGUAAAGAAUUGUACUUUGUCUUAUUCACUUGGAGUUUUUGAUGCUUCAUAUUAGACAUAUUCAUGAGUCUUUCAUUAACACUAUAAUAAGAAAAUAUAUCAAUGUGUUACAUUUAUUUAUAGAUUUAUUAGAAAAUAUGAAAGUACAUUGGUUAUGCUCCACCAACGUGUAUUUUUACAGGUGUCCAGAUCACAGAAACUCAAUUUGGAAACCUGCAGAAAAUGGAUGAACCUACAGAACAAUGCCUGGAUGUUCCACCACAACCCAAAAGCAAUUGCACAGACUAUGUAAGCAAUGACAUGUAUGACAGGGAUAUGUAACAUACUUUUAUAACAUGUCCACACCACAAAUUGUUAAUUUAGUUUUGAGAAUAUUCUGUUACAAGUAUCAAACAUUUGUAAAUUACUGAGAAACAAAAUGUGUUAUAAUUACUACAUUAGCCUUAUUGUGGAAUCUACAAUUUAAUGAGUCUGAUGAAAAGAAAGCACAUACUUUUGGGGAUCCUUUGCUUUCUAUCUGAUAAAUGUUGCUGUAAAUGCCUGUGUUCCUAUAUAACUGAGUGAAUUAAUAAUAAUAAAAAAAUGUAUUCUAAUCAUCUUUUAUAUUUACAAAAAUAUGACAUAUUAAGUUAAUUUGAUCCUUAAAAAGUAAUAUCCAUUAGCAACUAAAUUAGUAGGAAUGAACAGCUAGGAAAAUACUUGCACAGUCUAGUAGAAAUAAAUAUAUAUUUACAAUUUUACAUUACUGUAAAAAGAUUUUCUGCAUUCAUCAAAUGCUAACUUUGCAAAUAACUUGAUUGAAAUGGUUUGUGAUACAUUCUCUUACAGGAAAACAUCUGUGAGGGAAUCUUGAUGGGAGCAGCCUUUUCAAAUUGCCGCUCUUUGGUGGAUGUUGAACAAUAUAUUGAGACUUGUGUGAAAGACCUUUGUCUCUGCAACAGCAAUGUCACCACUCUCUGUUUGUGUGAUACAUUUGCUGAAUACUCAAGACAAUGUGCCCAUGCUGGAGGUCAACCACAGAAUUGGAGAACACCCGAUUUGUGCCGUGAGUUCAUUUCUUUACAUAUCUUGUAACAGCAUUUCUCUUAUUAAACAUAUUCGUCUCCUAUGUUUAAUUUGAUUAAUUUUAAGAAAAUAGAAAUGCAUGGGAUAUCCUAAUAUAGUGAUGAUAACUGAUGUUAGUAUGGUUUCAUAGGCAAACCAAGGGUAUAUUAAGUGUUAUACAUGAAACAUUAGAUGAUUCUACACAAAAUAAACUGAUAUUGAUUUCUAAUUGUAUUUGUUCAUGGCAGCUAAAAAGUGUCCUUAUAACAUGGAGUACCAAGAAUGUGGCUCACCUUGUGCUGAUACGUGCACAAACCCGGAAAGAGGUGUCAUUUGUGAAGAUCACUGUUUAGAAGGCUGUUUCUGUCCUCCAGGUACUUUUUAGAGCAUGUUUCAGAAGAAAAUGUAAAUAAUUUAUGGGUAAACCAUAACAGCUAUAGUAAUACGAAAAUAACAUUUCCUUGUUUAGUUUCACUUCAAUAAAGACAAAAUCCAUAUAUUGGCUGACUUGCCUUGACUCUUAAGCUUAACAAUGCACUUUAUUCCAGGGACUGUAUUUGAUGACAUCAGUAAUACAGGCUGCAUUCCAAUUGAGAAAUGCUUAUGUACAUUCAACAGUGAUACCUAUACUGCAGGGACAUCUUACUCCACAUCUUGCAGCACCUGGUGAGUUCUGCAUAUAUGAUUAUGCUUGUGAAUAACAAGCUAUUUUGAAGUUUUAAUUUCUGCAUUGUCUACUUCAAGGGUGGGCAAAUGGUAGAUCCCCAUAUUUUGUAGGACUGCAAAUCUGAUACUUUUACAUUCUAAAGGCUGGUAAAGCAUUAUGACAUUUGUAGUUCUACAACAUCUGGGGCUCUACACUUUACCCAUUCUUGGUCUACAUGUAUGUAAUCUAAUGGGUCAUGUUAACAUUCUCAAAUUAUUUAUUUAGCUGUAAUAUUUAUUUAAAUAUAUUUGUCUUCACUAGUAUUAGCCUGUUCACCACUGUCAUGGUGUAAUAUUCCAACGCGCAGAGUUUAGGAUAACAAGGGACAAGACCAGGAUAUAACGUAUUACCAGACCUUUGAAUGGCAGAACUAAACAUCAGACAGAGAUAAAGCGUAAUCAGAGACGAGCCGAGGUCAGGGUAACGGAGAGACAGCGAAAACAAGAACUAGCCAGAGUCAGAAACACGGUAAUCAGUCAGACGGGCAAACAAGACAGGUAAGGGUUAAAGAUAAACUCAGAGUCAGAUACAAAGCCAAGGUCAAUACCAGAAUAAACACAAUAUAUCAAGGAAUGCACUAAAGUGUACUGAAACAGAAACCACAACAGGGCAAAGUGCAUAGGGCUAGGGAAGCUUAAAUACCCUUUAACUAAUAUUUGAUUGGCCCACGUCAUGCCUACGCCCCCAAAACGUGAGUGUGUGGGGGUGUCAAAAUGACUUGUGCCAAUGGGAGCCUGGAUCUACUUUUGACUCCCACUGCCCCUUUAAGAGCAUACUUGUGAUGCGAGCCAAGCUCCUAGUUCUAGGCAGGCCGCAUGACCGCUCACUGCGGACAGUGCCCGAGGCCCACUCAGAAGAGGAGAUCGAGAUGCGUGUGGCUCAUGUGGAGGCAGGAGUCCUGAGGACCCCGGCCCCAGCAUGAGGUAAGUUCUGCCACAGUACCUGCCCAAAGACACGGCCACCGGGUGGGAAGGGCCAGGCUUGGCAUGGAAGUGGGAAUGGAAUGAACGCAGAAGGUGAGGGGCAUGAACAUCAGCUGCAGAAACGCAACUGUGCUCCUCCAGGCCAUACCCCUUCUAAUGUACCAUGUAUUGGAGACGACCCCUAAGGAGAUGGGAAUCAAGCACAGCAGCCACCUCAUACUCCUCCUGGCCCUUAAUAAAGAAAGGAGGAGGGGGAGAAACAGGCCUGGUGAACCGAUUACAAAGAAGACGCUUCAACAAGGAGGUGUGGAGCACAUUGGGCACACGCAUGUUCCUCGGAAGGUCCAAGGCAUAAGAAACAAGAUUAACCUUGCACAAGAUGCAUAAAGGACAGAUAUAGCAGGGAGUCAACUUCAUAAAAGGAACUCGGAGAUGGAUUUUAUAAGUAGAAAGCUGUCCCCCAUAAUAUAGGAGGGAGCUGCCCUAUGAUGCCUAUCAGCCUGUACCUUUUGACAAGCAGCAGAAUCCACCAGGGAACGCUGAACCUGUUCCCAAGUUUUAUGCACACCAGCCAAAUGUUCGUCCAGAACCUGCAUACCGCGCAAAGAGAAUGCAGAUGGGAGAACAACAGGAUGCCGGCCAUAAACAACGUUAAAAAAAGUACUGUUACCGGAAUACUGAGCAGCAUUAUUACGAGUAAAUUCAGCCCAUGGGAGCCGGUCAGCCCAAUCAUUCUGAUGGUGGGAAACAAAACAGUGAAGAUAUUGCUCUAGGGACUGGUUGGCAUGUCCAGCAGAUCCAUUAGUCUGGUGGGUGGUCGGCAGAGGAAAAGGAUAGAGUAAUACCCAAUACUCUGAACAAAAGGCUCUCCAGAACCAGGCAAUUAACUGACUACCCUUAUCGGACACUAUACAAUCAGGUAUGCCUUGUAAUCUAAACACCUCCCUGGUGAAUAUGGCAGCCAAAUCUUUGGAAGAAGGUAAUUUGACAAGUGACACAAAAUGAGCCAUCUUAGAAAAUCUAUCAACGAUCAUUAGGAUUACCAUUUUACCAUUGGAAUGAGGAAGGUCAACAAUAAAAUCCAUGGAAAGAUUAGACCUAGGUCUCUCGGGUACAGGUAAAGGUUGUAACAACCCACAAGAAACCCUAUGGGAGGACUUCAUGCUGGCACAAGUUACACAUGCUUGUACAUAAUCUGUGAUGUCCUUGCACAUAGAGGGCCACCAAAAGUUCAGUGAAACUGCAAAUAAAGUUUUAGAAAUACAUGAUGCCCGGCUGUCUCAGUAUCAUGAUAGAGUGACAUUAUGUCUUGUCUUUCAGAGAGCAACAUAUAACUUAGCAGGUUUCUCCUUUGGUGCCUCAUUUUGUUUGAUUUGUAUAAUUUGUAGGAUAGAUGAAGAAAUAGAGAGAAUAGUAGUAGCAAUUAUCCUGUCAGGUGUUAUGACAGGAGUAUCAUCAAAUUCUUGUUCACCAGUUGUUUAAAACUGCCUAGACAGAGAAUAUGCUUUGGUGUUGCGGUCACCUGGUCUAUAGGUAAUGACAUAAUUGAAGCAUAAUAAAAACAGAGACCGCCUAGCCUGUCUAGAAGACAACCUUUUAGCAAUCCUCAAAGAUGCAAUGGUUUAUCAGGGGACUCUCUUUGGGACAGAGCUGCUCCCACUCUCAGCUCUGAGGCAUCAACCUCCAGUACAAAAGGCAAGGAAGGGAUUGGGUGCUGAAGAAUAGGAGCAUAAGCAAAUCCUUUCUUAAGAGAAUUAAAGAUAUCAAGUGCUUCUGGGGUCCAGGCAUGUGUAUUAACAUCCUUUUUUGUCAAUCUGGUAAUAGGUGCAAUAAUAGAGAAAUAAACUUUUAUGAAAUGUAUAUAAUUGUUUACAAAGCCAAUAAAUAACUGGAUGGCUUUCAAACCAUGUGGUAAGGGCCAAUCUAUAACUGCAGAAAGCUUUUUGGGAUCCAUAUGAAAGCCUUUAGCAGAAACUAGAUAGCCCAGGAAUUGAACUUAAGCUUGGUCAAACAGACACUUCUCGAGUUUACAGUAGAGGCCGUGAACCAGAAGAGUCUUAAAAACCUGUCUGACAUGCAUGUGAUGAAUACGCAGAUCAGGUGAAUAUGUCAAUAUGUCGUCCAUGUACACUAUUAAAAACUUGUGUAUGUACUCCCUUAAGACAUCAUUGAUAAAAUCCUGAGACACUGCUGGGGCAUUACAGAGACCAAAGGGCAUCACGGUGUACUCAUAGUGAUCACUCCUGGUGUUAAAGGCAGUCUUCCACUCAUGACCCUCUUUAAUACGUACUAGAUUGUAGGCACCCCAGAGAUCCAGCUUAGUAAAUACUGUACUCUGUUUAAGUUUCCAAACAAUUCCGUUAUCAAUUAAAUGGGAUAGGCAUUUUUGAUUCUGACCUUAUUAAGACCCCUGUAGUCAAGAUACGGUCUUAAAUCACCUUCUUUCUUAGAUACAAAAAAAGAAGCUUGCCUUGGCCAGAGAAGAGGAUUUUCUGAUAAACUCUUUCUGUAAUAAUUCCUUGAUGUACUCCUCCAUGACAAAGUUCUCUUGGGGAGAAAAAGGAUACACUCUCCCCUUGGGAGGUAUAGAAGCAGGUAGUAAAUCAAUCAUACAAUUAUACAAUCAUACAGUCUAUGGGCUGGUAACUUUUCCGCUUCUCUUUUGUCAAAAAUCACUCUUAAAGUCUUGUACUGAGGAGGUAUAACACUAGACAAAUGAUGAGCUGUUGGUGUGUUAAAAGAAUUCAAAGGAGUAACUUUGGUGAUACAAGUAUCAUGGCAUUUGGUACUCCAUGAUUCUACUUGACCUGACAGUUCCAUUUUGUGAGUAAUAACCGGGGAAAAAAAUGGUCUACCAUCUAUGGCCUCAAUGGCCAAGGGUGUUUCCUUCUCCCUUAAGGAUGUCUUGUAUGACUUUACAAAGUUGGAAUCAAUGAAGUUCUCAGCCGCACCGGAGUAAACCAGUUCUAGAACAUUCCUUAUAUCUAAUAAACUGUUGAAAUACAUGGAAACAGGGAGAAGUAGUCUAUUUAGAGGCAAAUGUGGGAACUCCUAGACAGAGCAUCUAGGCCGGCAACCCAAGGCCUUUUUUUUGUCACAGUAAAGACAGGGUUCUUUCUUCCUCCUAUACAGUUUUACUGCAUCAGUGAGCUAGGUAACCCCUAAUUGCAUAGGUUCUACCUCUGGUACCAUGGAAAUCUCAAUAAGGCAUCUAUUUUUAUUCCUGGUGUACUGUCUUUCACAAAUCAUAUUUUCUAUAUCGAUUAAGUAGUCAAUAAGAUCCACCAUGGCUACUGGGAGGUCUCUGGCCGCUACCUCAUCCAAUAUAGCAUCUGAGAGACCUUCCAUAAAUGCUGUAACAAGUUUGCUGUUUGUGCAUUCUACCUGAGAAGCCAAGGUACAAAACUGGAUAGCGUAGUCAGCAACUGACCUGGAUCCCUGUUUGAUUGUCAUCAAUGCUUUAGCAACAUUUUUAGCCCUGCUGGUAGUGUCAAAUGUCCUGCGAAAAGCUAUAAGGAAACCUUGGAAAUCAUCAACCAGUGGACCAUUAGCCUCCCAUAUGGGAUAAGCCCACUCAAGUUCCUUUAUCAGUGAGCUGAUGCAUGAGUUACUCCACUUUUGACCUGUCAGUGGGAAAGGAUCGUGGAAACAUCUCAAAGUAGAAUUUCACUUGAUUGAGAAACCACUUACAAGUCUUAGCAUCUCCUAUUUACCUAGGAGGAGGAGUCAGGUGUGCUGACGCAUUAGUCAGGUUAGAUGCCUCUGGAAUAGGAGGUACGGGUUGAGAUGGUAUGGAUACCAGUGUCUCAGGGGCCAAACAAGAGGUGUCUGGACAAAAGUGUCUGAAGCGCCUGGGCAAUCAUCCGUGGCCUUGCUGUCCUAAUCCUGCAGGGUCCAUGGCCCUAUCGUAAUGUCACAGUGUAAUACCCCAACACACAGAGUUUAGGAUAGCAAGGGACAACACUAGGAUGUAAUGUAUUGCAGGGCCUUAGAAUGGCCGGACUAAAGUUAGACAGAGAUAAAGCGUGAUCAGAGACGAGAUGAGGUUAGGGUAACGGAGAGACAGCGAAAACAAGAACUAGCCAGAGUCAAUUUUACAUUAAUUUCUUUUUAAAAAUAUUUUCUAUUUCUUUUAAAUGUAGUUUUGCUAUGUAAUCAAAACAUAGAUAAUUACAUACAGAAUAUAAAUGCAUUAUACAUGUAGAAUGAUUCAGCCCAACAUCUAACAAGAUAGCAACAAAAUAACUAUCAUAUUCUACUGUUUUUUUAUUUGUUUGUUUUUAACUUACAUAAUCUUGCAUUUUAUGUUGGUGUUUGUACUAUAAAAAUAAUAAUAAAGACAAAAAAGGUAAAUAAGUAUAAAAAUGAGAGGCAUAUAUUGAAGUUAUUUUUGUAUUAUUAUUAUUAGUAGUAGUGGUAAUAGUAGUAGUUUUAGUAGUAGAAGAAUUAGCAGCAGCAAUAUUAGAAGUAACUAAUUAAGUACAGACUUAUACCACUUAUAUCACUGUACAACACAGACAUGGUAUAUUUUAACAAAGAAUAAAUCACAAUAGCAUAUUCAAUAAUAUAUUGAAAAUAGCAUUGCAAAUUGUCAUUUAUUGUGUCUUUCCAAAAAUAUCCAAAAGUGUUAAUGCUAAAUAAACAGAGCAUUUUGUGGCAGAAUAGUACUAAAUAGCUGUGACAAAAUAGAUAAUCAUUGAUCAGUAAUGGAUUAAAGGAUAUAACUGUGGUAUUGGCUGCUAAUAGGAAAAUAAUCAGUUGACCCUUUUCAAAACCAACUUUUUUUGUCUUUUUGUCUAUUUUGCCUAAUAGUGUAAGAAUAUAUUUAAGGAAUCCUUUACAUGAAGAAAUUCAGCUUAGAAAAAUAUUGAUAGCUAUUGUUAAUUUCUUGGCUUUGACGUUAAUGAAUUGUAGAAUUUGCAACAACUCAUUUUUAUUGUAUGCAAACCACUUUUUUAAUCCUGUGAGAUAUGUUUGAGGGCUUCACCUUCAUGCAUGCUUUAAAGCACAUUCUACUUAUAAAAAAAUAAAAAAUGAAAACAAAUAAAUCUUAAACUGAAGAGUCCUCUAGUGGUUUCCUUAGGUAAUUUUCUUCUCUUUUUUUCAUAUAGUGUCUGUUCGGCUGGAAAAUGGGACUGCCAGAACAUGCCUUGCCCAGCAACCUGCUCCAUUCAAGGGGGGUCUCACAUUACAACUUAUGAUCAAACUCACUACAAUGUUUUUGGAGACUGUAAUUAUGUACUAUCUAAGGUAAAGAAAAAUAAUGACAUUACAAAUAUGACAAUAUGUAAAUAACAGGGUAGUAUACAAGUUGGAACAUUGUAUAGCAAAUGUAGUUAAAAGUGUUUGGUUUAUUUCAUGAAUAUUGUCAUUAAUAUUAAUACUAUUUCUUCUUCUAGGUUUGCAGUGGUUACGAUUUUACAGUUCUGGCAGAACUGCGUAUAUGUGGUCUUACAGAGAGUGAGACUUGCCUUAAGAGUGCCACUGUAAUGCUUAAUGGAGGAGAAACUGUGAGUUUACAUAAGUAAAUCUGUUAUAUUUGAAUAUGUUAAUGCUUUAUAAAUGCCAGUAAUAAUAAUAAUAUUAUUAAUAAUAACUUUUUCAGCAGCACUAUCUCAUUAACCAUUUUCUCAGUUUUUUUUAUACGUGUCUAUAUUUUCUUCUCUACAUACAUUUGUUUAAAGUUUUAGUUCCAUUUAUCAUAAUCAUAAUUAUUCUUAAUAUUUUUGCUUUAGUUCGUCUAAAAUGCAUUGUGUUUCCAUUUUCCAGUAUCCAAUGUGCAAUACAUAUGAAUGGCAAAUGAAGAGAGAAAUAAAUGUUUUAUUUGAAAAAUGUUAUCUCAUUAUUCCAACAGAUUGUCGUUAUCAAACCAAGCGGCAGUGUGUAUGUUAACAACAUCUACACCCAGCUGCCUUUAUCUGCAGGUAUUAAUUCUAUUCUAUGUGGGUAUAAAAAUUUCCCAAAUCUAUGAACACAUCAGUGUACAAUUAUACUAAAUAUACUACACUUUUAAAAAAACACAAAUUACCACAUUUUUAAAAAAUGCAUUUGUUAUAUUUAUGUUUCUUCUAUAAUGCCUAAAUGUGUUGAAUUAUUGUGACAACAGGCUAGGAACACUGAAUUACUACAUAUUGGGACCUAUAGUCUUUUUUUGUCAUAUGAAAGGUAUAUAAAGAAAACAGAAUUUAUUUUCAAUUAGUGUAAUUUUUGUACAUUAAAUUGCAGCCAAAGUUACCGUCUUCAGACCAUCCUCAUUCUACAUUGUUGUUGAGACUAAUUUGGGUGUCCAGAUAGUGGCUCAGCUCAUUCCUUUAAUGCAGGUCUAUGUCAUCCUAGACCCCUCUUUCAAGACCAAGACAUGCGGUAAGAAUAUAUUUUCUUUUGUCUCCUGUUUUCAACGGAAAGUGCUUGGAAUUAGUCAUUUACUAUCAGUUGAUAUUUUCAGGUCUCUGUGGAAACUUUAAUGACAAACAGACAGAUGAUUUCCAGACCAUUAAUGGUGUAAUAGAGGGAACUGGUGCAUCCUUUGCCAAUACUUGGAAGACCCAAGCAUCCUGUCCUAAUGUCAAGAAUUUAUAUGAAAAUCCAUGUUCUCUCAGCGUCCAAAACGGUAAUUUUUCAAAUUGUUUUGUUAUUAAUUAAUUUGUUUGUAAUGGCUGCUAACCAAAACGUGCCAGCUCUAACAGUAAGAAAUUAAUAUGUGUAAGGGCAUUUUCUUUUGGUAAUUCUGCAUAGUGAUUUUAUAUUCAAUACUAAUGGUAAAACACGUCUAAUACAUGGCUUAAACAACUGAUAAAAAAAAGUAUAAUGCUUCAUAGUUGGAAUUAUAGGUACUCACUGCUCUGGUGUCCAGAAAGGAAUGUCACUCCUAAAUAGAUAGUGCUAUUUUAUAUUACAAAACUUUUUCAAUAAGCAACAUUCUAACUUUACUAGGUUUAGGUAGGUAGCUAAGAUGACACAUCCUUUUUAUCGCAUUUUCGCAGAGAAAUAUGCCCAGCACUGGUGUGGACUUAUUGCUGAUCCAUCAGGUCCAUUUGUUGCUUGUCAUUCCCAAGUUAAUACUGAAAUCUAUACUCAAGUAAGUAAAACACACUCUUAUUAACUUCUAAAUUUAAACUUUGUAUCUUUAAAUUCUGAUAUGGGACUUUUUUAUUGUAUUUUCAACAGUUUUGUAAAGGUUUUGUCUGACUGUCUGUCCAUCUGUCCAUACAUUUAAGAUUAAACGCAAAGGGAAACAUAUGAGUAGACACAUAUAAUAUCUUAAAUGAUUUAAGAAUCCAGCACAUUUUGUUUUUUAGAACUGUAUGUUUGAUACCUGCAAUUGUGAAAAAACUGAAGACUGCAUGUGCGCUGCUCUAUCCUCAUAUGUCCAUGCAUGCGCUGCCAAAGGAAUCAUACUUACCGGAUGGAGAGCCGAUGUCUGUUGUAAGUAAUGAAAACCACACUUUAAAUUAAUGAGUAUGUCUUCACUAUACACAAAAAUUGUAUUUAAAUGAAAAUGUAAAACUGAGGCUAAAUGGUGAGAUGGAGAUUUUUUUAAUUUACCUAUUUUUGCCCAAGUUAGGUAAUCUGAUAUUUUAAUUUGUUGCAAUUCAAAGUUUAGUGAAUAAACCUCUGUUGGUUUUUAGUCAUUAAUAAUUUGAAUAAUAAGAUAUAGCUAUUUCCGGAGUAUAUAUGGAUUUAAUCUCUAGAUUUUUGAUAUGUUUAGAGGUCUAAGCAAUGGAUACUAUGUUAGUAAUUCAAUCAACUGUUUUUUUUAGUUUAUGGUUGAUAAGCAAGGAUAUUUUUAUUCACUAUCCAUAGACUAUUACUAAGUGUUACUCCAAGCAAUGAACGCUUUAUGAGCAAUCUAAUCAAUUAUCUUUAGUCCUUAGUUUAUAGCUCCUUAUCAAGGAUAUAUCUAUCCACUAUCUACGGAUUAUUACUAAGAUUUUACGUGCCAAUGGUGUCAGUAUAGAUUGUAUGGACGACACUCUAUUACUGAGAUCUAUAAUAUUGUAUUAUUGUCUAUCUCUUAGCAUAAUUCUAUACCUGCUUAACCCCACUCUUAUAUAGACCUAAUAGUCUCCCCUGUGUUUCUUUUAGAUGUGAUGGGUUUUAUUUAAGUUUACUUUUUUCUUGGGAAUUUAUGCCCUAUAAUUAAGGUGUUUUUUCUGUAUAGAUAUUUGCAACGCCCAGAGAACUCUUCUUGGUGCUCCUGAAGCCUUUUUGGCCAGGGAUCACUUUUAGUUAUAAUACUCUGUAUGCAUUCAAGGGUUAUCCCCUAUAUAGGGUUCUGUGCACACACUGCAGAUUCCUAUAGCUAGGAAUCUUGCACUUUUGUGUUCGUUUGUGUUUUUACUCAUUAUCCUAAAAUCUUGACACAAUGCUAUUACACACUAAAAUGUAUUGGGUUGUAUACAGUGGCAUCUUCUUUUGAUAAUUCUGCAUAGUGAUUUUAUAUUCAAUUCAAAUGGUAAAACACCUCAUCGUUUAGUCGUCUAAUACAUGGCUUAAACAACUUCAUAGUUGGAAUUAUAGGUACUCACUGCUCUGGUGUCCAGAAAAGAAUGUCACUCCUAAAUGGUUUUGUGCUGGACAAAACUCAGGCGCCCCCCGACCCCCCUCCCCAUCCCCCGCGCGUGACCCCCACACAUCCCUCCCCCCCGCCUUCUAAAUACACACACACACACACACACACACAUUUACUGACAGAUACGCAUACACGAGCUAACAGAAACACACACUCACAGACACACACUCACUCACUAGCAGACACACACUAGCAGACACACACACCCACUGUCACACUCACAGGCAAACAUACACACACAGUCAGACACACACACACAAACAAACACACUCACUGACUAGCAGACACACACACUCACUGAAACACACACUCACUAACAGACACACACACUCACAGGCAAGCACACACUCACUAACAGACACUAACAGACACACACUAGCAGACACACACACUCACUGACACAAACAGGCAAACACACUCACACUAACAGUCAGACACACACACUCACUAACAGACACACACACUAACAGACACACACACUAACAGACAAACUCACACACACACUAACAGACAUACACACACACUCACUCUCCUUACCUUUGGGAGUGCUGGGGGGGGAAGUGGUUCACUAUCUCCCUGGGGGUCCAGUGGCUGCUGGGCGGGCAGGCGGCUGGCGAGGGAGCACUUCCCCUGAGCACUCUGCUCAGCUUCCUCGCGCGCCUCAGAGUGAGGCUGGGAGCCGGAAUAUGACGUCAUAUUCCGGCUCCCAGCCUCACUCUGCGGUGCGCGAGGGAGCUGAGCAGACCGCUCAAAGGAAGAUCUCCCUCGCCAGCUGCCCGCCCAGCCCAGCAUGUCAGUUAGCCGCUAGGCUAACAAGGCAUUUGCCCUGGGCAUUUGGGGGGCGUCUUUUUUUGCCGCCCCCUGGAAAAUGCAGCCCAAGGUAAAUGCCUUGUUAGCCUCGCGGCUAAAACGUCCCUGGUUGUAUAUAUUCUGAAAGUAUGUUUAAUUCUUUUAUACAAUACCAAUUACAGGGAGAAAAUCUGUGCAUAUAUAACAUACCACUUUCUCUUUCCAGCCAACUAUAUGAACACCUGCCCUAAAACCUUGAACUACACCUACUCUGUUACAACUUGCCAACCAACAUGUCGCUCACUUAGUGAACCUGAUGUUACCUGCAAUAUACAAUUUGUUCCUGUGGACGGUUGUACCUGCACGAAGGGCUACUACAUGGAUGACAGUGGGAAAUGUGUUUUGGCUGAUGCUUGCCUUUGUUACUACCAGGGGUCUGCUGUACCUUCAGGAGAAGUUGUGUAUGACAAUGGAAUUCAGUGGUGAGUAGACAUGUAAAUUAUAAUUAUUUAUUUUCUAAGUUACCUGAUUUGUUGAGAAGAACAAAGCUAAUAGAUAUUACCCUACCUCCACAUUGAAAUGUUAUUUUGCCUUUGUGUGGCAGGAAUUGAACACACAGGUUAUAAUUAUACAAUGGAAUGCAACAUGAAUUUCAAAUUUUAGGCCAAAGUAGCCAAACUUGAAGCAUAGCUGACUUGAUUUUACACUGAUUUUUCACAUUCUAAAGAAUGGUGAAAGCCUAUGUAUUCCACUGAAAACAUUAUUAAACACCAUUAUAUAACUAUGAACCAUAUGACUGAUUCCUGCACAAAUAGGCAAAGUAACAUUUCAACGCAGAGGUAGGUAUCCACAUUGUUUAAAAAAAAAUAUGCACUCUCAAUAGAACAGUAAUGAACAUUUUUAAAUACCAAUCAAAUUGUAUUAUAUGUUUCUUUGGAAUGUAAACUGUCCUUGUCAUUCUGAUUCACAGCACUUGCACUCAAGGACAAUUAAGUUGUAUUGGAAGUCCUGUACCAGGUAAAGAGUUCAACAUCCUCAUAUUUUUAUUCUUUAGUUCGUAGCAGUAUUAUGAGCAUAGCCAGUUUAAUUAUAUCCUUUAUACUAGGUCUAAUUACUGUUUUUGCAUCGUCAAAUAAAAAGUGAACUUUUGUAAUUGUGUCUUCUUCCCAGCAUGCUCUGCUCCAAUGGUUUAUUUUGAUUGUAAAAAUUCUUCAUACGGCACCCGGGGAGCUGAAUGUCAGAAGAGUUGUCAGACUUUGGAUAUGGAAUGUGUAAGUAUUUACAUCUUGGCCUUAGCUUCUCAAAUGGAGCUUAGCCUGAGAUUAGGUCCCCAGACUGCAUGAAGGUGAUCCUUGCAUUAUUUCUCAUUCAUUACAGUAGAUAAUUGCACAGGUGAUGUCAUUAUCUCUUCAGGAUGGGUUUCCAAAUUUUGAAAUAAUGAGAAAAUCAUGCUUUCGAUAAAUAAAGGAACAUGUUAAUACAUAUAUAAUUGUUCAGCAUGUUAAAAAUAAACAAUAUAUACAUAUCUCAUAAUUGACAUAUUGUGAAAUAUUUAUCGUGUUAACUAGGAAUGAUUUUGCUCUAUAGAUGAAAAAGAUUAUUUAGUUUCCAAUAUAUUAUGUGUAUUUUAAAUAUUAUUUUGCUAUAGUAAAACUGCUUAAUAUUUUGGUACCACUCCUUCACGUAUACAGUUAUUUUGUUUAAACUUCUAUAUGUUCAUUCCAUUUGUGUUUUUACAGUACAGUACCAAAUGUGUCUCUGGAUGUGUGUGUCCUGAAGGGCUGGUAUCAGAUGGGGAAGGAAAAUGCAUUGCAGAAGAUCAGUGUCCAUGCAUUUACAAUGAUGCCACCUAUCAACCAGGGGAAAAAGUCAAAAUAAAAUGCAACACCUGGUAUGUUUGAUCAUGCUAACUAAUGAUUGGAAAAUAAGAACCUAAAAUGUUUUUAUUUUAUAUAAGAAUAUAUUUAAAUCAAGGGAAUACUUGUAGCUUUUGCAUGCUGUUUAAAUGAUUUUUGUAUAAAGCUCUAUUUUUUUUUUUUUUUCGAUUUAUCACAGUCUGGUCUGGUGUCACAAUGGCUUUCUGAAAAGACUUUAACAGGGUUUUUCACUAAAAAAAAUUUUUUAAUUCAAAGGGAAUAUAAAGUGUUCCACAUUUCAGGUCAAGUAUUGGCUUAUAGCCUUAUGUAUACUGUGAAACCCUUUGCAUAACCAUUUUUUUUGUUAAUUUUACAAUAAUUCUGAAUGUCAUUGGAAAGUGGAGCUUCAGCUUUUGAAUCUCACUAAAAUAAAUUUAGGGAAAUGAGACGAUGUGAUGUCAAACAUUAGGAAAACAUGUAUAUUGACUCAAAUGUAUCAUUCCAGAGAAUCGUGCGAAUAGUAUGUUAAUUAUGAAUUGUCUGAAGUUUUCCUUUUCAUAAAUAUAUAUUUUUUUACAUAAAUAAAUAAAAAUCCAUAUAAAACCUAUAAAACAUACAAACUAUUAAUAAUGUAAAUGCGUUCUUGUCUACGUCCUAGGUUAAAAAAUUAUUAAUAUAACAGUUCCUAUUUGGAAAAACAAAAUGUGUGCAAAGAACAAUUAUACAUGACAUUUAAUGCAUCUGUCUUUUGUUUUCUAAAGUACUUGCAAAGACAGGAUUUGGCAAUGUACCAGUGAGCCAUGUCUUGCAACCUGUACUGUCUACGGCAAUGGGCACUAUAUUACCUUUGAUGGAAAACGUUAUACUUUUAAUGGAGACUGUGAAUAUACUCUUGUUCAGGUACAACAUGAUUAGCCAUUUUUUGGGGAGACAUUAUGUCAAGGUGUGUUACAACAGAUAAACAGAUAAACAUUACUGUGGACUAUGUUUAUAUUGUCCGAUCUCUUAUUUUACUUCAGGAUCACUGUGGUAAAAGUGGGAACAGUAGCACUUUCCGAGUUAUCACUGAAAACAUUCCUUGUGGAACCACUGGUACAACAUGCUCCAAAGCCAUCAAGGUCUUCCUUAUAGUAAGUAGAGCAAUUAAUUCAAAGGAUUGGCAAUGUAUAAUUCAGUUUAAAUAGCUUUUAACUGGUAUGAAAUUCUAGCUUUGCUGUACUUAGAUGUCCAUGUAAGUAUCAGUUUGGGUUCUAAAUUCAGCUUAAUAAUUUCAGAUUUUACAGAUAUGUUUCACUAGACUCAAAAUGGAUAACACAUUUUAUGAUUUCAAGGGAUCAAUGCUUCAAAAUUGUCUGAUUCCCUGCUUCAUUAUUCUAUAUUUCCAUGUAGAGCUAUGAGAUAAUCCUCACUGAUGAGAAAAUUGAAGUAAUAGAAAGAUGCAUUGGAGGAGAAGUUAACUACAAGGUCAGACACAUGGGUAUCUAUCUUGUGAUUGUAGCUGACAAUGGACUUAUCCUAAUGUGGGAUAAAAGGACAAGCAUCUUUAUCAAGCUGAGUAAAGAUUUUGAGGUAAGAACAGCAUUACCCAUUCAGAUCUGUUGAUCUGUGUGUCAGGAAUACAAAUUGAUCCAGCACGUAGAACUGUAUCAUACCUAGGACUAACAGGUAACAUGUUACCGGGCCUUAGAAUGGCUGGACUUAACGUACCCGAGAAUAGUCAGAAUACUUGCCAAGGUCAGGGAUACAGAAAGAGACACCACGAUGAGGGAAAGUCAAAAGUCAGGGAUACCAGAAUACAGGGAAGUCAAAACGAAGCCAAAGUCAAAUACCAGAAAUAAACGCUCAGGAACACAAUCUCAGACAACCACUAAGGGAAACCACAACAGGGCAAUGAGCAGAAGGAAUAGGCAAGCUUAAAUACCCCUCUUGUGGAUGCGAUUGGCCAUAACCGGCCUUUGACCCCAGAAUGUGCGUGUGCGUCCAUUGCAUUACUGGGGCUGAUGUGGGGUUUAAUUAGGAACUGGUCCGCAGGGGCCGGCAUCCUUCAAUAUGCCACAGGAGUCAGAUUUACUGGCACAGGGUUGCCAAGCAGUACCUUCAUUAAUGCCAGGAGGGCAUUCGUUACUGUGGGCACCACAAGGUGAGGCUGAACAUGGGACACUAUGCAAGACUAUUAAAAAGACAAAAUACUUGUAAAUUAUCUUGUGCUAUUCAUUAUCUUUCUUAAUGGGUGAACCUGGGUCCAGACGGAGGUUGAGAAUGCAUCUAUGGGCACUCUAAGCCAUGUAAAAUAAAUGUUAAAUUAUUGGAUAACUUUUAUACUUGAUCAACUUGAUCAAACUUAAGCUUGAGACCAGUUCCCAAAUGUCAACUGUUGAGAUAAGUUUCCAUUGAUAGAGACUGAAGUUGGUAAUUCUCAGACAUGCUUAAAGUAUAGUAAAUUUAAAAAUAAUUCCUAAUUAUAAUAAUAUUUUGGGUUUUAUUGACUGUCGUCCUAGACAGAGUUCUGCUGUAACCAGAGUUCAAUGAAUACACAAUGUAUAUUUAAAUGUGCAUUCAAAUAUUUAAAAUUAGACAUUACUGACAAUUAACAUUAAUUGCAAAUCAUAUGAAUUUAUUUAACUAUUUUUUUUCAUUAUUUUUAAUUCUAAGGGAACUGUGUGUGGUCUCUGUGGUAAUUAUGAUGGAGAUGGCAACAAUGACUUUACUACCAGGAGUAUGUCUGUGGUUGGAGAUGUAACUGAGUUUGGCAAUAGCUGGAAACUCUCGCCAACAUGCCCUGAUGCCCAACUACUCAAAGAUGCAUGCUCAGCUAACCCAUAUAGGAAAUCAUGGGCUCUGAAACAGUGCAGUAUCAUCAACAGUCCAGCAUUUUCUGCCUGUCACUAUCAAGUGUGUUUUUCUUUCUUUUUUUACUCCCAGUUCUGUACCAUUGCUAUAUAGCUUAUUGGAUGCAUGGCUUUGUCAGUAGUUAAAAUUGUUGAUUUUUAAUACUUGGCAAUUAUAGCACUUCACAAAUGUUUGGCCAAAGCUUUAGAAUACAACAUGUUCUAGUAAACUCACAAAUCUCUGUAUUUGGUCAGGUUGAUCCAUCAAUGUACUAUGAUGCUUGUGUUACUGACUCAUGUGCUUGUGACACUGGUGGGGAAUGUGAGUGUUUCUGUACAGCUGUUGCUGCCUAUGCCCAAGUAUGUGGAGAAUAUGGAGUCUGCAUUUCCUGGAGGACUCCAUCUAUCUGCCGUGAGUAUCUCAAGCGAGUCAAUUUAAAGAAUAAUUGAAAUAAAUAUGAAUUAUUUCACAGUACAUAUUAAAAGAUGCAACAUUGUACAUUCAAGGUGGAUUCAAGGUCAAUUUAAAAUCUAGGGCCAAAGUAGCUAAACUGGACUGGAAGCUAAACUAGGCCGAGAAGCAUAGAUGACUUGGAGAAUUUGUCCAGUUCAACUACUUUGCAUUGAAAUUUAAAAUUCACUUUAAAUUUACCUUGAAUUCCUGACAUUUUUCCCUGAUAUAAAACUCUUGUUUCUAAUAAAUUACUUUUAUUUAUUAUAUCUGCAGCUGUGUUUUGUGAUUACUACAAUCCUGAAGGAGAAUGUGAAUGGCAUUACAAAUCAUGUGGAUCUCCAUUCUUGAAGAUCUGCAAAAAUCCAAGUGGGAAAUAUCUCCAUGAGCUCUCAGGUUUGGAAGGUAAGGUGUCAGAAUAUCAUCAUAUACUAAUUUUUUAUUAUGGCAUAGAUAGUAUAGCAUACAUGCUAAAUAUGCCAUGGUCAUUAAUUGCAUGCCUUAUUCUCGGGAAGUUUGCAAUUGUAAAAUUGAAAACGUAUUAUUUUCCUUUCUUCAUAUUCAUAUUACUUAGCAGCAUGUGUUAUUCUCAAAUAGGCUGUUAUCCCAGUUGUCCAGCAGCUAAACCAUUCUUUGAUGAGGAUACAAUGGAAUGUGUUGCUCAGUGUGGCUGCUAUGAUAAUAAGGGGACACUCUACAAAGUUGGUUCUCCAGUACCCCUCUCGGACAACUGUCAAUCCUGGUAAGAUCCUUGAAAAUAUUUUUCUUAAGAAUAGUAAUGUAUGGUCUGUAUGUGAAAUACAUUCUUUGUCAAAAGUUAUUUCAUCAUAGAUUUUCCCUAAAUUGUAAGGCAUAGUCUACAGUAUCUGAUAACUAACUAAUCUUGCAAUUAUUUAAUGAUUUAAAUAAUGUUUUCCCCAACAGUUUAUGCACACUGACCGGCAUUGUCUGCGAGUAUGAUAAAGAAGGUAAUGCUAAAAUAAGAUUUCAAGAACAUUUCUUGAUACGUGUAAGAUAAGACUUAAAUUGAAUAAUUUUCUUUUUUUGGUUAUAGGUUACUUUGGUAACCUUAUUUGGUUAGGUUAAUUGAGGGUAUGCUUGCUUAGAUAGGUCAGUUUAGCUAUAGUACCUAUUUAAACAUCAAUGUGGUAGGCUUUAGCUUCAUCAUGGCUAGCUCUACAUCCCUUUGAUGUCCCUCCAAAGAAUACAAUUAUCAUAACAGUUUGGCAAAGUGUGAGAGCAUUCUCCAGAAUUUACUUUGAGUCAUAUUGGUUAAAUAUUUAUUCAUUCAGUCAUCUUAAAAAAAAACAUUUUUUAUUGUAACACAAGCUAGUAAAGUAUGUAAUUAAUUGACCAAUCAAAAAAACAUGAUUAACAAAUUAAUAUAUGCAAAUAUAAAAGCCAAAUGAAGUUUCACAAAAUGCUUUAAACACCUGGCUACAAUUAAGAAAAGGUCUCCAUGUUUUUUUUAAAAUGGUAUGUUAAACCUGUGAUGGUUCUCUUAGCUGCUAUGUUUUUAACAUAGAAACAUAGAAUGUGACGGCAGAUAAGAACCAUUCGGUCCAUCUAGUCUGCCCAAUUUUCUAAAUACUUUCAUUAGUCCCUGGUUUUACCUUACAGUUAGGAUAGCCUUAUGCCUAUCCCACGCAUGCUUAAACUCCUUUACUGUGUUAACCUCAACCACUUCAACUGGAAGGCUAUUCCAUGCAUCCACUACCCUCUCAGUAAAGUAAUACUUCCUGAUAUUAUUUUUAAAUGUUUGCCCCUCUAAUUUAAGACUAUGUCCUCUUGUUGUGGUAGUUUUUCUUCUUUUAAAUAUAGUCUCCUUCUUUACUGUGUUGAUUCCCUUUAUGUAUUUAAAUGUUUCUAACAUAUCCCCCUUUGUCUCGCCAAGCUAUACAUGUUAAGUUCCUUGUAAGGUUUAUCAUGCAAUCCAUGAACCAGUUUAGUAGCCCUUCUCCGAACUCUCUCUAAAGUAUCAAUAUUAAUAUCCUUUUGGAUAUUGGAUACUGGUACAAUACUCCAAGUGAGGUCUCACCAGUGUUCUGUACAAUGGCAUGAGCACUUCCCUCUUUCUACUAUUAAUACCUAUCCCUAUACAACCAAGCAUUCUGUUUUCAUUCAUUUAUUUAUUUAUACAUUUAUGUAAUUAUAUAUUUAUGUAUUGCUUAUUUUUCAUGAUAGCUUGUUAUUGUGAAUACAAUUGUAAAAUGUACAAAUACAAUGAAGUUAUUUACAACACCACGGAUGGUAUUGGAGGUUGCAUUAUUGCUAGAUGCAAGGAAAAUGGUACAAUCUACCGCUAUAUCUAUGAAUGUACUUCUGCUAGACCAUCCACUACAUUCAUGUUUACAACCACUCCUUCCACAAAAAAAACAGGUAGGCUAUAUAAAUGAAAAAAGAUAUGUACUAGUGCUUGUUGUUAAUAAAUGAAAUUAUAGUGGCAUUCCAGAAAAGAAUAUUACUUUGUAGCAGCCAAACACCAAAUAAUGUUAUUUUCCCAAAUAUCACCUAAUAAUUACACUUCUUCUUCUACAGGCUAUAUUAAUGUUAUUUGUGACUAUGGUUAAAUGUAUAUUAAAUAUGUCUAAACAAGACAACUACUUAGAUGCCAGUGUAAUGCUCAUCACUUAUUCUUCCUGAUUUGGAUACAAUACCAGUUGGAAUAUGAAAUUUGGCUUACUCUCAGGGUUGUUUGGGAAAUUUUGGGUUUUGUUUACUGUUCCAGCACAGGGCUUUGCAGCAUCUACAUUUUCUGCAGAAUUUUUUUCUACAAAAUAGCUCUGCAACCUGGCCGUAAGAAAGGAUUUAAGCAAUGGUUAGGUUGAUUGGCCUCACUAUAGUGUUAGCCCUGUGACCUUUAAUGAGAUCUACAUAUUAGUAACCCUGCUUACUAUUGUAUAUAAAAAGUAAACAUUUAUCCAAAUAUAAUUUUUUUUCCUCCUCAUUCUCCUGAACAUCUACCUUGGUUUUUUUAUUAUCUAAAAAUAACUAAAAUUGCAACUUAGUUCUUUAAAUACAAGACACUUAAGAAUUGCUCAGAACGAUACAAGUUGGAUUCUCCUUGUAAAUGAAAUGUUUUAUACUGCUUACUGAAUAGCAGUUCUCUUAUUGGUUUCAGUAGGGGAUUGCUAUAGAUUGUAAGCUCUUUCGAGCAGAGUGAACCUAUUUUUCUAUAGCAUUUGUAAUUGUCACAUCUAUAGUUUUAUCUCACACUUUAUAAUAUUGUAAAAGUAUAUUAUAAAGGAUAUGGGAAAAACAGUAAUAAAUGGUGCUAAUAUCACUAAGUGUGAAUCACUCAACCACACAAAAUCAAAGUGCAUAAGAAAUAAUAAAAUAGUGAGAGCACACUAUACAUGCAAAAAGCUAUAUUACCAGUAUUUCCUUAGGUAAAUAGCUAAAACAUAAAAAAAGGGAGAAGAAAAAAGAGAACAUAGGGUAAUAUUGUUUACACUGUAUACAAUAACCAUAUAUAAUUAGUUGCACUCACAUGCUCCUGAGUAACUUAUAUAAGCUGACUCAGACUAAGGGCUUUGAUCAGAGAUGAAAUCCUUAAUACUGGACACCUUGUAUUGAUAUGCAGGUUAAGAAUGAGCUGUCUCUGGCGAUCUCUGGAUGUCUGAUUCAAAUUAUUCCAGGAUACUGGAUCUCAUUAAAUCUCAUUAAAACUUUUAUUUGCUCAAAAUUCAAAAAGAAACAAUUAAAAUCAAUUACAAGUAAACUUAAGUCCAUAUAAAUUACCACGACGCGUUUCGGCAGAGAAGCCUUUUUCAAGUGGUAUUACAGGUCCAUCUCCGAGUUGCCCCUUUAUACUGUGUAACAUUAGCGCUCUUUCCCGCGCUCUCCGUCUCUCUUUGUUUCCGCUUUCGUCAUCUAGCGUCGACGGACGUGUCCCACACGUCAUGACGUCAUCCCGGCAUUGUAUACCGGAAGUAUCCUCGAUGCCAUCUUUAUUCCUCUAACUGUUGCUUUAUAUAAAUGAUGAUGAUGAUAAUAAUAAUAAAUAUGCAGAGCAAAUCCUUAUUCUGCUUAGAGAAUUCAGCAUUAAAAUACACCUAAUAAUACACAACAAUAACUCUGUAUCAACAAUGAAUAUAUGCCAUAUGAACACACACAGAUAUACUCAUUUUCGUAAGUUUUCAAAUAAUUACAACAAAUUGUUAAUUAUCUUUUAGGCUAUUAUCUUUUAAGGCUAUAAACCAUCUUCCGAAAAUCUAUAGAUUUCAUAACUCACACAACCAAAGGCUUAAUCACUAAAUAAAACCAUACCCCUACUUCACAUAGAAAAAGUUACAGUAGCAUACAUUGGUACACUAAAUGCAUUUCAUAAAUUAUAAGGCAUAUAUAUUUGUAAUCCACAGCAUUUUGCUAUAUUAGGAUGUUAUUAGAAUUUAAAGUACCACCCCCAAAUAAAUAAUAAUAGCCAAUAAUAACAUCAACAACCACUAAAAGGAUGCUUGAUGGUGUUGUGACAAUAAAAUGUAUAUAUCACAUUAAUUCCCCUUCAUUAACAGCAAAAUAUUGCAAUAUAAGAAAUAUUAUUUUGUUGAGUAUAAACAAAUAAAUUUAAAAUUACAUUAUUUACAUUAUUUUUGUUAUCCCUGAAAAGCAAUCAAUGCACACACUUUCUGUUUAACAUGUUUUUUUUUUACCUAUGCAUUCCAUAUUUAAUAUGAUUUUUUAAUUUUAUAUGAAAAUUACGUGUUUGUGAAGGAGUUAAGAAAAGUGAUCAAACAUACAGUCAAGUAUUGUGAGGAUUUUUCAACUUUUGACCAAUUUUACAAUACUUUUUCUUUACAUGAUACAGAAACUACUACUCCUAUCAGUACUAUCUGUGUUAAAGAGGAAUGCACAUGGUCAAUUUGGUAUGAUGUCAGCUAUCCUACUAUUGAUGCUGGAGAUUUUGAGACAUACACAAAUAUAAGGGCUAAAGGAUAUUCUGUCUGCAACCAUCCACAAGAAAUACAAUGCAGAGCUAAAAUAUUCCCUGAUACUCCUCUGAAUUAUCUAAAACAGAAUGUGCAAUGCAAUGCUUCGUUUGGACUGCUAUGUUACAACAAGGAGCAAUUCCCACCUAUCUGUUACAACUACGAGAUAAGAGUAAAAUGUUGUAGCUUUGUGCCUUGUGUCACUGUUUCUACAACUGUUACCACUAUAACUGAACAAUCAACUACCACUGACAGUUCUACAGCACCUACAAGUAGUACAGAAACAACCACUGCCACUACAACUCCAAUUCCUUCCACAACACCUUCAACUACUACAGAAACAACAACUACUACAGAAACAACCACUGCCACCACAACUCCAAUUCCUUCCACGACAACAACCUCAACCACAACACCUUCAACAACUACAGAAACAACAACUAGUACUACAUCUCAACCUUCAACCACUGCCACAACUACAACAACAGUUGAGACAACAUCUCCUACAACCUCAGAACCAACAACACCAUUUAUUACAACUACUUGCUACUGCCAUGUUGAUAACUUUUUCUUCUUACCAGGUAUUUUUUACAUUUAAAUUUUUUUUUAUCUUUUAUUAGUAGUAGUAUUAGAAUUAUUAUUCAAACAAAAAUCUUUAUUAUGAUAAAUGGUAUAUCAUUUUAUUUUUAAUCAUAAACCUUACUAAUCAUGUUGUUAUUCUGAUUGAUGGUGGAUAUAGUUAUGAAUAAUAUAAAAUGUUAUUCCAUAUAAAGCUAGAAAUAAGAAAUAUGGUUUGUGAGCAUUUAUUUUGCAACCAAUAAGGAAUCAAUGUCUUGAUUUCUAUUAGCCAGCAAACGGUUGAGUUUUUUAUUGUUAAUAAUGGUCUACACAUGUUUAAUAAACUCCUCCCAAAUAUUAUUUACCUACAAACAUGUUUUUCAAUUUUAUGUUACAGGGGAAGUUAUAUACAAUAUGACUGAUGAAGCUGGAUGCUAUUUCUAUGCCAUCUGCAAUAAAGAAUGUGAACCUGAUAGGUUCCAGGGACCAUGUCCAACAACAACUCUUUCACCUCCCACUUUCACCACUCCAGUGCCAACAACAUCCACAACUACUACUAAAUUUACAACACCAAAGACACUGCCAACAUCCACAACUGAGACAACGACUACUAUGUCUACAACAUCAAAGACACUGCCAACAACCACACAUCAGACAGCAACUACAGUCAAGACUACAACCACAUGUGAAGGUUGUCCUCCCAGACAUGUAAGAUGAUUUAUUAUAAAUGAUGAUAUUUAUUUAAAUUAUAGCUAUAGCUCUACAGAUCUCUACUUAUUUAAUACUAGGUUGCAAAUCUAUUACAUAAGAACAAGUAGUAACAUUUUCAUAAAUUUUAAUUGUCAACCUCAGUGUAAUAGUUUAAAGGGACACUCUACUUCCCAAUUGAAGAAAAAAAAAUUGUUUAUUCGAUAUACCCCAAAUUAAAAUAUGGGUGUAUUACAUUAUGCAUUUUUUCAUUGGAGUCUAUAACUAAAACAGCUUGCAAAACCUGUAGUUUUCUUAUUGUUGCCUUUGAAAUCACCUUUUUAACCAAGAGCAUACUUCCUGUGACUGUCAAUCACAGACUUUGCAAUGCAGCUCGUUGAGAAGUUUUUGCAAGGCAGGUGCUCUGUGCAAUUGCCUCCUCUUGAAUUAAGCUCCACUGAUCUAAACAAACCAGGACAAAACAUUGUUUGAUUGAAAGAAGUCAGGGAGUGUAACACGGUUCAUUUAUAAAAGUGUCAACAUUCAUUGAAAUCUGCACUUUUGUAAAAAAUAAAUAGAUAAGAGAACAUACUUUACACAUAAAUCAUUUCAGCAACGAAAGUACCUUAGGGGUCCAGCUAGCUGUGGUAAUUACUUAAAUAUUUUGAAUCACACCAAUAAUUAUAUUUAUGAUUUAUUUAUAUAGAUAAUAGAUAAGAAAAUUAGUUUGUUUGAAUUGAAUUUUGUGAACACAUUUUGUCUCCUUUUAUAGAAAAAUGAAACCUGCUUGAUAAACAAUUGCACAGUUGCCACAUGCCAAGGGAACAACGUUCUCACAAUUGAGCCAGUUUUAUGUCCACAAGUAGAAAAACUGAACUGUACAAAUGGCUUCCCACCUGUCAAGGUGUUCAGUUCUGAUGGAUGUUGUUACCAUUAUGAAUGCCAAUGUAAGUGGAGUAAAAAAUCAGGAAAGCAAGAAGAAAAAACUGGGCUUUAGUGCCCAGUGGGUACAGUUCCUACUUUGUAGCCAUAUUUUAUUUUGGUGUUCUGACAAUGCUGAAAAAGAAAUCAGUUCCCUCACAACACAAAUAUUUUUUUCCAAACUCCCUUCUUUUCUGGUUGUUUUAUGAAAGUGAUUAUGCCAGGAUAAGAUAUCAAAUUGCACACUGACUGAGUAACUUAAAAUACACUACUUGGGAGCAAGAAAUACAUAUUUGUGUGGCUGGUGGUACAAAUCUCCUAGUUCUCUUGGUGUGUUCCUUUGUUCAGCCAUUGUGAGAAGAAGAUAAUUAAGAUGAAUGGUGUAUGUGUAAUGGUAUUUGUGGAUCCUUGUGGACCCUUGAAAAUCUUGUAAUGUUCUUGUAAAUAUCUGUUUUACAAUUAAUGGCUAUAUGUAGUAUUCAAAUAGUUUUAUUCCAACCAAUUUUUCAUUUACAUGGUAUUUGAUAUACCAAAUUUAAUUUUUUACCAGGGCAUUAAAUAUUUACCUGGAAGGAGCCAUUAACAUGUAAAUGAGGCUAAGGCAACCUUUGGGACUCCGGAUGUUUGUUGUCUACAUAUCCACAACAUCUGGAUACUUUGUCAGCAUUAUUGAUGUAGGAGCAUUAUGGGAGAUGUAGUUCACAGCAUCUGGAGUGCUCAAGGUUGCUCACACCUGGACUAGACUAUCAAUUGAUGUUAAUCUAUAUUGUGUUUACAUUGUUUUAACUUUUGCAGGUGUCUGCAGUGGUUGGGGAGACCCUCAUUAUAUAACUUUUGAUGGAACCUACUACACUUUCCUAGAAAACUGCACUUAUGUUCUUGUACAACAGAUUACCCCCAAAUUUGACAACUUCCGUGUUCUUGUGGAUAAUUACUUCUGUGAUGCUGAUGAUGGUUUGUCUUGUCCUCAGUCUAUUCUAAUUUACUACAAUUCCAAUGAAGUAGUGCUAACUAAUACUCUGUACAAUGGAAGAAUGACCAACAGAGUAAGUGUGGGAAGUUACAUAGUUACAUAGUAAUAUAGCUAAAAAAGACUCAAGCCCAUCAAGUUUAGUUUUUCACAUAUAUGUAUUACUGCUGCUUAUCCAAAAGAAUCUGAUGAUCCCAAUUUGAUGUUCUUUCAAAUAGUGAUUUACAAAUAAGGAAAUACGAUCUUUACUGAUGCAAACUGAAAGUCAGAAUUUUCCCUGGAAUAUCAAGCUGUUGUCAUGUAUAUUAUUAUUGUAUCACUAUUACAUCCCGACCUGGCUCAGCACAACUCCUAAUCCAAACAUAGAAACAUAGAUAGAAACAUAGAAUGUGACGGCAGAUAAGAACCAUUCGGCCCAUCUAGUCUGCCCAAUUUUCUAAAUACUUUCAUUAGUCCCUGGCCUUAUCUUAUAGUUCGGAUAGCCUUAUGCCUAUCCCACGCAUGCUUAAACUCCUUUACUCUGUUAACCUCUACCACUUCAGUUGGAAGGCUAUUCCAUGCAUCCACUACCCUCUCAGUAAAGUAAUACUUCCUGAUAUUAUUUUUAAACCUUUGUCCCUCUAAUUUAGGACAAUGUCCUCUUGUUGUGGUAGUUUUUCUUCUUUUAAAUAUAGUCUCCUCCUUUACUGUGUUGAUUCCCUUUAUGUAUUUAAAUGUUUCUAUCAUAUCCCCCCUGUCUCGUCUUUCCAAGUUAUACAUGUUAAGAUCCUUUAACCUUUCCUGGUAAGUUUUAUCCCGUAAUCCAUGAACCAGUUUAGUAGCCCUUCUCUGAACCAUACUCCAAUUGAGGUCUCACCGGUGUUCUGUACAAUGGCAUGAACACUUCCCUCUUUCUACCGCUAAUACCUCUCCCUAUACAACCAAGCAUUCUGCUAGCAUUUCCUGCUGCUCUAUUACAUUGUCUGCCUACCUUUAACUCAUCAGAAAUAAUUACCCCUAAAUCCCUUUCCUCAUAUGUUGAGGUUAGGACUCUAUCAAAUAUUCAAACAUAGAAGCACCUGUGUGGAUGAGAAAACGUUUGCGGGGAUUAGGAGCAGCCAGCACAGAGGCAUUUAUCAGGGCUUUCUUCAGGGCUUGGAAUGCCUGCUCAUACUCUGGGGCACAGUUUUCCUGUCUGGGUAGGUUGUUUUGGGUCAGGUCGGUGAGGGGCUUGGCUAUGGCACUGUAGUUGGAGACAAAUUUCCCAUAGUCUCCAGCGGUCCCUAAGAAGGCCAACACCUGGGUAUUUGUGUGGGGAGGGGCCAGUUCACCACUGCCUCAACCUUGGCUGACUCAGGUUUCUGCUUCCUACACCUGACCCAGUGGUUCAGGUACUGUAUCUUGGCCAUCCCUAUGUUGCAUUUACAGGGCUUGAGGGUUAGUCCUGCCUUCUUAAUACGAUCUAGGACAACUCCUACAUGUGUCAGGUGUUCCUCCCAAGUGUCGCUGUAUAUAGUUUGCGAGGGAAUAAUCAUGGAAGCCAUCCAACAGCCGGUCCACCAUCUGAAUGGCAUGACCUUAAAUUGGUACAGGCCAAAGGGGGUGAUGAAGGCUGACUUGGGGACAGCAUCUACCACCAGGGAAAUCUGCCAGUACCCCUUGCAUAAGUCUAUUGUGGUGAGGUACUGCACCUGAUCCAUCCUUUCUAGGAGCUUCUCGAUGCAGGGCAUGGGGUAUGCAUUGGAGACCGUCUUGUCGUUUAGCCUCCUGUAGUCCACACAGAACCUGGUGGUUCCAUCCCAAUUCAGGAUCAGGACUACUGGGGAGGCCCAAGGGCUCUGGAACAGUUUGAUCACCCCCAGUUGGAGCAUCUCCUGGAUCUCCUGCUGAAUAUUUUCCUGGACCGCCUUCGGUAUCCGGUAUAGGGUCUACCUCAGGAGUUGCUGGUUGGGAGUCUCCAACCGGUGGGUGGCUAGUGGGGUACAGCUUGGCAGGUUUUAUCAGGUCUCCCUCUUUGCAGCCAACAGGUGCCUCACUUGCAGGUGCUCCUGCUUGGUCAGCCGGUCCCCCAUGUGGACCACGUCUAUGGACCAUGCUUGAGCUCCAUGCUCCAGAAGGUCAGGCAGGGAAAGAUUAUUAUAAUCUUCCGAGGCAGGUGCACAUAUAUCGGUGACCUCCUCUGCUCGUGGUAUGGCUUCAGCAUGUUAACCUGAAACAUGCGAGUAACUUAUGUAUGCUGGACCUGUGGUCCCUGGCUCCCUUAUUGUACCAGGUGUGCUGGUGCCUCUGAGCCGCCUGGAGGUUCCCACGCACCAGAUGAGCGAGCUCCUUCAGCCGAUCUCUAAGCUACAGCACAUAUGGGACAAUGGGGGUCACUUCCUGCUCCCCCUUUCCCUCCCCGUGCUCCCUGAGGUUCUAGGGGCCCCAUCACCCUCCGACCGAUCAUCAGUUCAAAUGGGGAAGUCAUGCUUACUCACAUUUCUGGCCAUGUUCCUACUUCCGGUCUCCACUCCAGCAGUUCCAACGCCGUCCGCUGUAGCUCCUCCCCCUUUUAUGACACAGCAUGUGCACGCCGAUGUUCUGAUGCUAGUGACGACAUUGCAUCGCGUGCGUGCCGAUGCCAUGACGCAAAUUACGUCACGGCCCGCCAAAACGUUCAAACUUGGACAUUUUGGGGGCGUGGCUUCAAAUUUAAAGGUUCAGCCUAUAAAAGGCAGAUUCAACCAUAGUUCUUUGCCCCAUUGUGGUUCUAUUCACAGUUCCCAAUAGUGCUUUGCCUUUCAGUGUAUUCUUGUGUUUUGAUCUCGGUUUCCUGACUAUUCUUACUUCUGUGUUCCUGUCCCGGCUUUGGUAUCUCGCUACUGUAUUUCUGGUUCCCUUGACUUGGCUUGUAAUCCCCGAUUCUGUGACCUCUGACACUCUUGACCUUGGCUUGUUCCUAACCAUUUUUUAUCUGUCUAAUGUUAAGUCCAGCCAUUCUAAGGCCUGGUAUACGUUUUCUUUCACAUCCUGCGUGUUGGGUCUCUAAGGAUUCUUGACAGGGAGAACCCUGUGGAUUCCUGGAGCACCUCCCAAUAGGCAAACAGCAGAUGUGGCAGUAAUCUCUCCCAGUCUUUGGGAGUUGUGUCAAAGGUACUGAGCAUCUGCUUCAAUGUGCCAUUGAAGCGUUAGCACAGGCCAUUAGUCUAUGGGUGGUAUGGGGAACUCAGGAUCAGUUAAAUGCUGCAUAACCUCCACAGCUGGUGGGUUACCUCGGCAGUACACUGGGUGCCCUGAUCUGAGACGAUUUCUCAGGGAAAACCCAUCCGUGAGAACAACACUCGCAUCAGGUCUUUGGCUACAGUCUCUGCUUGAAUAUUGCGCAAGGCGACUGGCUCCAGGUACCGAGUUGCGUAGUCCACAAUGGUCAGAAUGUAUUUCUUUCCAGAGGGACUAGGCUUAGACAGAGGGCCUAUGAUAUCAACAGCUACUCUGCCAAAGGGGUCUUCAAUGAUGGAGAGUGGCCUUGUGCUGGUCGCCCCGAUUCCCCACCUUCUGGCAGACAUCGCAGGACUGACAGUAUCGCUUCACAACCUGGGAGAUACCGGGCCAGAAGAGGCUUUGGGUGAGUCGGACGUGUGUCUGACCAUGUCCCAAAUGCCCUGUCAGGGGGAUAUCGUGAGCUAUCUUCAGUAUCGCCUUUCGAUACUUCCUGGGUAUCACCAACUCUUUGGUGGUAGGAGCAGUCCCUGGCUUUCCUUUUUCUACCAGGUGAUGCAGUAACAUGAACCCACUCCUUAUCCAGCCCAGCUUGACAAGUGGCCACCCGAUUUUUACAGGAAUCCAGCGAAGGGUCGGACACUUCCUCCCUCCCAAACUCGGUAGGGGUGUCGGGGUAGGCGAAAGGCCACGGGGAAUUGGGUGAGGAGGGCUGGCAUGGGGUUGGCUCCGGGGACACUUAUGGGAAAUCAGGGCAGGAGGAUGGUUGCGUGUGCCUACCUGAGCCUCAGAGUGUCAGCGGUCCUGGGUGGUGCGGGCUUGCUGACAGGUCACCACUGGAUAGGCCUCUGCAGUUUUGCUGGUGGGGAUGUAGGUCAUUGCCCUGCAGCCCAUCGGGGUCCCUGUGUGAAACCAAGCAAGAAAAAUAUCUCCUUUUAGGAUACGUAUGCUCCCCCUGGUUGGCGCUCAUCUAUGAGAAUGGUGGCCACCCAGGGAAGCACUCAUUAAUUACUUCCCUUGCGGUUUCACACUUAUGUUGCGAGUUGUUAUCGUUCUAAUUGAUUGGUGUGAACAUUCCAAUGGGCACUAGGGAACAUUCCUGGAUGGCGUUCGUCUAUACAAACUGGCGGCCACCCAGAGGACGGCACACGUCAAGGCUUCCCUUGCGGUUUAGGGCAUCAGGUCGAGGCAAGAACGUUCUAAUGAGCAUUCUAAAUGGAUUAUUGGGAUGGUCUUUGUUUGGGAGGUGAAUGGAUUCCAUUCGUGGAGGCACUCCUGAAUGGGGUGCAGGCAAUUUGCACAAAUACACAGUGUAUUACACAUGAUAAAGACAAGGGUGAAUACACGAAAAGCCAGGGUUCCGUCACAUUCAGGUUUUUUUUUCCAGAAAAGCAUUGAUAUGUUUUUUUAAAUCCAUACUGAAGCUGAUAAAACAUCUUGAUAAUCUCAUAUCUUUAUUUUUUCAUACUAUAAAGAACCCUUUCCUCUGCUUUUGGUUGAAAAUCUCAUCUGUACAUGGGUGACAUCUUGUCCUUUGAACAGUCUUGUUUAAGAACAGGUUACCUGUAUAUGUCUCAAUAAUGUUAUUAUAUCACAAUGAAGAUCUUUCUUCUAAAGUAAACUAUUUCACAUUUUCUAGUCUUUCUUCAUAAUUAAAAUCUUCACUUUCUCAAAUUAAUUUUGUUGAUCACCUCUGCACUCCUUCUAGUUCCAUAAUAUCCAUCUUUAAAAUAUAUCCUCAAAAUGGUACUACAUAUUCAAAGUGGAGUCUUACAAUACAUGCUUAAAGAGGUAAUAUCAUUUAAAUAAAAAAUAAAAAAAUACCUGUGUUAUGCCUGACAAUACUUCACUGGCCUCAGAAAUUGUUGCAUGAUAUAGAAAAUCAUUGCUUUAUCAGUUAUCUAUAACUUUUACAAAGUCCUUUUCAUUUAUUGUUUUCCUUAACUUAGUACGAUGUAGGGUAUUAGUUUCUUGUGCAUUUUUAUUUCCAAAAUGCAUAAUUUUGCAUUCAUCUAAAUUAAAUCUCAUCUGCCACUUGGCUUCCCAGACCCCUAAUUAUCCCACUCCCCCUAUUUGAAAAGUUUAAUAUACUCAUUGUUAGUCAUUAGAAUGUAUUAUUGCAACAUUCACUUUGCAUUGAUAUUUUGUAACUAAAGUUGUCCUACAUAAUUUUGCAAAGAUUUAUUUAUAAAUGGUGAAGAAAACUGUUCACUCUUGCACCUUGUCCUGCAGAUUAGAUUCAACGAAAAUUGGGUAACCCCAGGAUUCACCCAGAAUGGUAUUUCUAUCACCAGCGCUGGUAUCAACAUGAUUGUUGAGAUUCCAGAAAUCAGAGCCUACAUCUCAUUUAGUGGAUUGAUCUUUGCAAUUGAAAUACCAUUCAGCUUAUUUGGUUACAACACAGAAGGGCAGUGUGGUAUGUAUGAUUUGGUUUCUGCUUUUGUUAAGUAGCAAUUGUAAGACAAUUGUAUCUGUUACUGUAAUUCUGUUAUAUGUCUUUUGUGAUUAACAUUAUGAUUACUAUAUUCUGUUUAUUGAUUUUUUUCAUUUUUUUUGUAAAUUUGAUUUUUAUUGUAGGAUGAAUAUCCAAUAAAAUAGGUAGACAUAACAGUUACGUAGCAAAAUAAUGAGACACACAGGUGUCCAUUGUCUCUGGUCUGCAGUUAAACAACCUGAUUCGCAGAUCCAACUUGUUUGAGCUUAUGUUAGAGUCUAGACUAGACAUGACCGUAUUGCGGUUUAAGUUCAGGUAACGUGUUUAACUUUUUUGCCUGUAGUUAGAUAGGCGUCAGAGUUCUACAUCAGCAUUUAUGAGCAAUGAGAUGCGCAGGUCUCCACAACAUUUGGUUAGGGGAAUCCUGUCAGUACUGCUGUGUUUCUGUGGCCCUCAGUGCCCUGUUAGUGGGGCAUUCGUUAACGUUUCAAUUCAAUGUAGCCUUUUUACCACACACACCGUAGAAGUGUUUUUUAUUCUAUUGGUGACUUACGGCUUUUCAGUUUGCGAUUCGUUGUGUGUGGUGUUGGCUAGUGAGUCACCCACCAUCAUAUCCAGUAUAGCCGUCUCAGUUACCCGUUUUGUCGGAUGUCCGCUGGAGUGGAUGUCUGAUAUGUUCCCCGCUGAGGGGUAUUCCAUUUUUUUCCCCUCCCUUGGCGCUCGUCUGUUUGAAGCCUCUGCUUCUUGGGUGUCUUAUCCUUUGUCUGGUUGAGCCUCUAGUUUCAUAUUUGUGUGCCGGACCCUUUGGCCAGAGGCGUGGAUGUACCUGUGUGGUACGUGGUCCUGUGUGUACUUUGUGAAUUUUGUAGCGUGCCCCCAUGUGGGUGUGCGUUCUUGUGUUUGAACAUGUGUGAGAAUGUGGUUGUGUAGAGUAGUGUUGUCUGCCAUUUCUGGUUUCCGUAUCUUACAGAAUCAUUGUACUCUCUUUUUGAGAGUUGUGGGUGUGUCUGGCAUCCCUACCUUUGGCGGCCAUCUCAUGUUCUCCUGCCACCCUUGGUUCUGUGCUUUUAAUUUGGCCUUUGUCCGAGCCCUGGAUAGCCCCGCCUCCUGUGAGGGUCCGCCCCUGCCAGGUCCCCCGCCCCAUGGUUACGGGUAGGCCGGGCGGAUGCAGGCACGGUGGUGUCGCGUCCGACGAGCUCGGGCCCCCCGCCCUUCUCUCCCCCUCCUAAUCGGUGACUUUGUUCUGUGAGCAAUAUACAUACAAGGGUCUCCACUGCUCUGUGUGUUUUUCCUGUCAUCCUAGUAGGUUUGCUAUUGUGUAUUCAGCUUUUUGUAUUUCUUCCACUCUGUGUCUCUAUUGUCCAAUUGUCGGUGGGUGCGCCGUUUUUUCCAUAGUAGCGUUAUCAGCACCUUCGCCGCGUUUAUCAGGUGUCUAAGGAUCAAUCUUUUGUAGGCUGUGAGUUUUCCUUCCGUGUGGUGUAGCAAGGCUAGGUCUGCUGUCAGACUUGUGGAUUCCCUCAGUACAUUCUGUAUUUACUCCUCAACGUCCUUCCAAUAUGGUUUGAUUCUGUCGCAGUCCCACCAGAUGUGUUUAAGGGUGCCAGUUCCAUUCUCACAUCUCCAACAGGUGUCUGGUAUCUCCGGGUUGAUCCAGUGUAGUAGGGAUGGAGUGUGAUACCAUUGGGAUAUCAAUUUGUAAUUCGCCUCUUGGUAGUGCGAACUGGACGAGCUCUUAUGUUGUAGUCACAAUAUUUGUUCCCAUUGACUCUCCGUGUAUGUUUUGUCUGUUAUGUCUUCUCAUCGCCUUUUAAAUGUUUCCUUCUUUUCCCUCUCGCUUGUUGCCAAGCGUUUGUACAUGGCCGAAACUGUGCCGUCCGCGUCUGGUGGCAUAACUUUUCGAACCACGUUAGGUCUCUGUGUAGUUUGUUUUUGUGUGGCAAGUUAUGGUAGAAGUGUUUGAGUUGGGCAUAGUGAAAUUGAUGCAUCAUCGUGGGCGUCCCACCCUCCGAUAUAUCUUGUAGCGUCUUCAGCCCCGUUUCUGUUAAUGCUGUGGGCAGCAGUAUGUAUCCUUCCAUGCGGAAAGUGGUAUCCUGUCCCCUAUGUUUGUGUUGUGAGUGAUGGGACUCAGCGGGUUCGGUUUAGGCGAAAUGUAUGGCACUUUCCUCAGCCGGGUCCAUGUUUUGAGUGUUUGGGUGAUGGGAGAGUCUUCCCCGAGGUCGUCCCUGGCACUAGUCUCUUUGUACCAGAGGAAUAGUUGGAGGUGACUGUCCGUGUGUUCCCUGCACUGGGAGACCCACCGUUUGUGAGUAGUGGCUGUGUGUAAUUCCCUGACGCGUUGUAGGAUUGUUGUUUGGUAGUAUUUGUUCAGGUCUGGCAGGGCAAGUCCUCCCCAUGUUUAGGGGAGGCACAGUUUUUCGUGGCUAAUCCUGGCUCUGUCUCCCUUCCAUAUGUACUUAAGGAUCGCUGUUCGGAGAGUUUUGAAGAAUGUUUGUGGAAUUGUUCGGGGUAUGGUGUGGAACUUGUACAGUAUUCUGGGGAGGAUGUUCAUAUUUACGACUGCUAUUCGUCCCUGCCAUGAGAUGUGGUUGUAGUUCCAUCUCUUGAGGUCGUCAAGGACGACGGCCAGAAGAGGUGUAUAGUUGUGUGUGUAUAGAUCCUUUGACUUGGGUGUGACCUGGAGUCCAAGAUAUGUCAUGUGUUCUGUGCACCAGUGGAAUGGAAAUUGUUGUUUCAGUGUGACGCAUUCCCCCUCUGGCACCGUCACAUUCAAUACUUCACACUUGGGUAGAUUGAGUUUAAGUCCCGAUAGGUCUCCGUAAGUCUGGAACUCUUUCAUUAGCUGGGGGAUUGACUCGAGGGGUUCGUCCAGGAAGAACAACAUGUCGUCCGCAUAGGCUGCCACUUUGUGCUCUUGUGUUUUUUGUUGAAGGCCCGUUAUCUGUGGGUUUCUCCAUAUUUUGUCUAGGAACAGCUCCAGGAUGACUGCAAAUAGGAGCGGCGAGAGUGGGCAGCCCUGCCUGGUUCCAUUUCUGAUUGCAAAGCUGUCUGUAAGUGGCCCGUUCACCCUGACUUUGGCGUUCGGGUGAUGGUAGAGUGUUUUGAUCCACGUCAGCAUCCCAUCUCUGAUUCCAACUCUCCGUAGUGUCUCUAUCAUAAAGUGUCAGUCCACUCUAUCAAUGCUUUUUCUGCAUCUGUGGAUAGCAGAAGUAAUUUUUUCUUUAGAUGUUUUACUAGGUGUUGAAUCACGAAGAGCCGGAGCGUGCUAUCUCUGGCCUCCCUGCCCGGGAUGAAGCCUGUCUGGUGUGGGUGGGCUAGUCUAGGCAUGUAGGCCUGCAAUCAAAAUGAGAUUACCUUGGAGAAGAGUUUUACAUCCGUGUUGAUGAGGGAGAUUGGGCGGUAAUUAUUUACUUGUUCCGUGUUUUGCCUGGUUUAGGGAUCACCGUGAUCGUUGCCGCUAGUGACUCCCUAUGGAAAGACGUUCCAUCUCGCAGGCUGUUUAACGCUUUCACUAGUUUUGUUAUCAGGUCAGCACUGAAUUUCUUGUAAUAUUCCACCGGGAAACCAUCCGGGCCUGGUGCUUUACCGUUUUUUGCGGACUUUAAAGCCAACUUAAUUUCCUCUUCGGUUACAGACACAUCUAGCGCUUCCGCUUCCUCCAGUGUGAGGGUGUCUGGGUUGACGUCUUGUAAGUAUCUUGUGGUAUCAGUUUGUUUCUGUGCGGGGGUGACGUCUCCAUCUGCAUCGGGGAUGUUAUACAGUUUUGUGUAGAAUUACCUAAAUUCAUCCGCGAUUUCCCCCGGGAAUUGUGUCAGUUUGCCUCAUCUAGUGCGCAGGGUGUGUAUUAUGUGCCUGUUUCUGUGGGCCUCUAAGCAUUUGGGCGAGUAGCCUCCCCCCCUUGUUAGCGUGCAUGUAGAAAAAUGCUUUUGAACAUUGUACCUGUCUUGUAUGUUUACGUUCUGUGAUGUCUGUGAGCUGUCUUCUCUUUGUGAUCAGGUCCCUGUAUGGCUGAUCUUGUUGGGUCCUUUUGUGCAUCUGUUCCAGGUCCGCUAUCUGUCGGGUGAGAUCUCUUAGCUGUUCGCCAGCUUCUUUUUUCUUCUGCGUUGCCAUUCGUAUGAGGUGUCCCCUCAGGACACUUUUGUGUGCUUCCCAUAUAGUCAUGUCUGGCAGGUCUUCUGUGGUGUUCUCCUCAAAGUAUUGGCGGAUAUGUUCAGCAAUUUGCGCUCUCGACGGUUCGUCUAGAAGAAGUGUGUAGUUGAGUCUCCAUGUUGUCCUGGCUGGGUGGUACAAUGGUGACUCCAGUUCCACUCUCAUUGCACUGUGGUCAGACCAGGGAGUGGGUUGGAUGUCUGCCUUCCUUAUGUAGGUGAGCCCUUCCUGUUGUAUGCAUAUUUAAUCGAUCCGGGAGUAUCUGCGGUGCAGUGUAGAGUAGUAGGUGUAGUCUUGUUCUAUGGGGUUGAGUGCCCUCCACGUGUCUAUUAGUCUGAGGUUUUUGAGGGACUAUUGGAUCGUUUUUAUGGUCGAGUCUGGUAUACUGCUCCGUCCCAUGGAUGUGUCUAACAGAGGGUCCAGUGGGACAUUUAGGUCACCUCCCAGUAUCAGAACUCCUUCCGUGAAUUUGGCCAGCUUCCUCAGCAUUCUGCGGACGAAGCUGGCCAGUCCCGAGUUCGGGGCGUACAUGUUUCCAAUUGUAUACGAUUUCCCGGCCAUUUCCCCCUUAACAAAGAGGUACCUUCCAUCCACAUCGGUCAGCUGGUCUGUAACCACGAAUUGGAGGUUGGCAGCGAUUAAAAUAGCUGUUCCCAUUUUUCUCAUCGUGGGAUGGUUGCUAUAGAAGUUCAGUGGGUAGUGUCGAUUUUUAAGUAGCGAAUUAGCAUCCGCCUUCAGAUGUGUUUCCUGUAGGAGAGCAAUUGAGACAUGUUGUCUCUUGAGGUCUCUCAAGAGGUGUCCUCUUUUCUGGGGCAUUAAGUCCCCUACAGAUCUGCGUUGUUAUGAUCAGGAGUGCCGGGGAGUAUGCCAUUUCGGGCAUCUGCUCACCUUAGAUAUGUAUGGUUUUGUAAGUACCGUCAGCGGGGGAGUCCCUUAUGUCCCUCGUGGGCCAGGGACCAGAGCCCACCGGACCACCAGCCGAGCGGGGUGUGUCAGGUGCGAUGGCUCGCAGGAGUAUCCUGUGACCAAAUCGGGAGUAGUGUAGUGUGUUGCCUUGCCUUGCUGAGUUAUAUGUCUUUUCCUUGUUGUUGUAGUGUAUGUCGGUGAGGGUAGGUACAUGUCCCCUCACUUAGUGUGUGGUCGUGUCUCCCCCUAGGUUGCGUGGAGUCCCGUGUAACUGGGUGGAUGUCCAAGGCCGUACCACUACAUGGUAAUUACUGGAGCAGCGGCAGCUGUGGCCCGGUCAGUAGUCCUGGUAUACGCGGGGCUGGUUCGGGUCGCGGCCUGUGCCUAGUUGGAGUAGUAGUGUGUGUGUGUGUCUUGUGGUGUCUGGUGAGGUUCCUUGCCCGUUUAGUGUGUACCUGUGUGUGUGCACUAUGAAGCUUGGGUUACAAGCGGAUGUGUACUCUCCUUCUGGGUCUAUUCUAGUCUAUCGUCGUCUGUGUCUUAGAUGUUUUUUUUUUUUUUGUUUGGGUGGGGGUGGGAGGGGAUGAGAGGGGAGGGGCGUGUGGUAGGGUCGGUUGAGGCCAUUAUAGUUCCUCAUUAAGUUACGUCACCUUGGGGGGGUUGUACCAGUUCAAUGUGGGCCGGCUUUGGUGGGUGUGGUCUUUGGGUAUCUUCUAGGUCACUAAUGUGGGAGUGGUUUGAAAUAUGAGCGUGGCUGCGUACUGUCCAGGCACCUUCCGCUAUAAACUGUAGGAUUGUUGCGCUUAUCUGGUCUCGCUUGGGCUUAUGUGGCCUAUGCAUCGUGGAUCGUCUUGUAUACAUACAUUUGACACAUUUCAUCCUGAUAUCACUUAAACAUUCCCUUUUUAUUCCUUGCUUUCAGUGACUUCUCCCUUUUAUUCCUUCCACUCUCCCUAUCUUUUCUCCCACCCAACGUCAUUGUGCUCCCCCUUCAGGCAUUCCCUCCCAUCUUAUUUCUCCGACCCUCCCGCCCCCAUCCCCUCUGGGCCCCCAGCAGUCUGUUAGGGCCAGUGGCAGAGGCUACUUCCUUCCCUCUUGGGGUGUUAGCAAUCUGGGCGAUGCGUCCCUUCAGUUCCAAGUGGCUAGGUUUCUCCCCCUCCCUUCACCCCCCUCCUCAAUAACCGUCCAGCAUCCCUUAUCCCCUGUUCAAUGGGGGCAGUGGUAUCGAUCCCUCAUCAGUGAGCAAGUGUUUUCAGUUCUGCUAGGUAGGGGAUGUGUUGGCGGUUAUAUGGUGGAUUAGUCAUUUCUGUCGUGUCCAGUGGUGAGGGGAGUCUCGGAUGGGAUGGGCCUAAUCAGUCUUAGGCCAUAGGUCGGUGCAUAUUGGGGUAGGGUGAAAAGUACUUAUCUGAGUGGGUCUUAGACCCGUUGGUGUCCCUGUGCUGCCAGUCGAGGGGGUCUCUAAUUAGCUUGUCUCAUUGGUGUCCCGUUCAUUCGGCUUGCUAUGUGCAGGCGGUCUACGCGGUGAGUCUUCUCUGCGUCGUCGUGCAGCUCUUUGCACCAGUGGGCCAGGGCGUAGUUCUAGUGGUCCCAGGAUCCAAUCAACUACCUCUGUGUGUGGCAAGCCCAGUCUCCUCAGAAACACCGGCACCUCAUCCGGCCAUCUUACGGGGAUCCACUCAUUCUCAUGUCAGGUCAACAGGCUAAAGGUAAAAACCCAUUUAUACGGAAUGUUACGGCUUCUCAAUAGUUGGUUCACCGGUCUGAGAGCCCUGUGGGCCUCCAGCGUGAGGGGUGAUAAGUCCUGGUAUAGGGCUACCUCUGCUGGAACGGCAAGGGCUGCUUGGAUCGGGCUUUAG